GAAAGGGGGGGCCUUUUUUCCCCUUCUGUGAAAGCCAAGCUUGGGAUAGUUGGGAUACGCGUCUGUAUGUGUAGUACGUAGUACACAUCGGUAUUCGGGCAUUCACUGUUCACUCUCGCGUUUCAAGAUGGAGAGGAAACAACGCGCCCGCUCUCGCGUAAGGUGGUUGUAAAUACAAGCGAUAUUGUCGAUGAUCUUGCGCGAGAUCACCGAGAACGUGCUGAUGGCGAAGUCCGUCCUGAGUUCGGACGGCCUGCCAAAGGCGGGUCGUGUAAACGAAGUGUGUCGUGAGUGGCUGGUGCACGAGGAUGGGGCGUUGGCCUACCGGCUCCAGGAUGAAGAAAUUAAGGAGCAUUAUACUAGUAACAAGACACGAAAUGCACAGGUGAGGGAAGAUGUGCCACGAGCCAGAGUCGAACAGGAACUGGAAGCAUUGAGAUAUCAAAACUACAUUCAACAACAAAGGGAAGAGAGAGAUGCACUUGUCGCGCGGCAAAUUGCGCUUUCCUUGGAGCGAGAAGAGAGACAGAGAGAGCGCGAGCUUCAGGACCUGAUGAGAUUACAAUUAAGAUUAGGAGAUGAAGCUAUACAGCAGGACAUUGAAAAGCGUAUACAGGAAGAAAAAGAUGAGGAAUUGGCGAGGAAAUUGCAGCAAGAAGAGAAAGGAGAUCAUCCGGACGGUCCGGGAGAUGAGCAAUUAAUGUUGGAUCAAAAAUUGGCAAUGGAAGCGCAGGACGCUGAAUUGGCACGGAUGCUUCAAGACAAAGAACGAGCAAAGGCACGUAAAGCGCGAGAAAGAGCGAGACAAAAAAAGCUGGAGCGCGAACGUUUGCAACAACAGCAACAGUUCGAAGAGCAGAAUCUCGCAGCACGACCACCAAGACCAGACAAGUUAGACUUGAAGACUCCACCAGUCAAGAACCGAGUUCGUCAUCCGGUCAAUUAUUCUCAGUAUCCAGAUCCCGAAGAGAUCCAAACGUUGGAAGAUCCUGUUGACGGUUCACAAGAAGUGGCGAAUGUUGCGGCCAUCAUCGAUCCCACUUAUAACGCGCACCGUGGCACUUCCAGCAGCUCGAGCAGCACGAUAAGUCCCGUUUAUGCUUUGCCGACACCAUCGCAAGAACAGAUGAUCGACGAAGCACCGUGUUACAUGCCGAUCCAAGGUCAGCGACGGAAUCAAGCCCAAUCGCCGUCCAACGCACAUGAGGAGAAGCACAAGCGACGCGUUAAGGAUGGAUGUAAGCAUCAGUGAAAGAGAGAGAAAGAGGGAAGCUGUGAGAGAGAAGAGAGAGUUAAAAAAUUAGUAUUUUUUAAAUAAAAUAAAUUCUAUCCUUUUUCUUUUUUUAUUGCUAUCUAACGAUGACAUAAGUUGAUAAAUAGCUCAUUCAUUUCUAAAAGGUUAUCUAAAGAGAUGCAAUUUUAUUAUA